ACUAGCUCACGAAAAUAAAACAAAAAAAAAUCACAAUAAUAACAAUGAUAAAAACAAUGUCAUUAGUUUCUUUUUUCAAAUAAUAAAUAAAGUAAUUAAACAAAUAAAUAAAACAACUAUUAAAUUUAAAAAUAGUAAUCCUAGAUGUCUAAUAAUAUAACAAACAUGGCUGCACUGAAUAACAACAUAAUAAAUCGUAAAUUAUCAAACGCUGUUCAUCGAGGUGACUAUGACGAAGUUAAUAAAUUAAUAAAAAUAAUGAAAGAAACUGAUUACAUAAAUUUAUGGUACGAUUUUAGUUAUUUAUUGUUAUGUGAUUCGAUAAAAAAAGGCCACACUGCAAUAGCAAUAUUGCUAUUAAAUAAUCAUGCAAAUAUAAAUCCACCAAAUAAUAAUAACAGCAACGAAUCAGCUCUAUAUUUGGCAAUUGAAAAUGCCGAAUAUGAAAUAGUUAAAAUAAUUGUUGAAAAAGGUGCUGAUGUAAAUGAAAUUAUAAAAUAUGGUGAUUAUAAAGGAAGUUCAUUGUUACACGUCGCAUUUGAUAACAAUGAAUACGAAAUAGUAAAAUUAUUAAUAAAUUACAAUAUCGAUGUCAACAGAAUUGAUAGUGAAUCAAAAUCGUGUAUUUUUUACACAAAUCAAUUAACAGAUUUGAAUAUUAUCGAAUUAUUAUUCAAAAAUGGCGCCAAUAUAAAUAUCAGAGACUUAGAUAACAAUACGCCUCUAUUUAAUGCCGUAUGUUCGUCAUCAUUAGCAAUUGUUAAUUUAUUUAUAAAAUAUGGCGCCCAAGUAAAUGUAAAAAAUAAAUAUAAUAUGACACCAUUACAUUUCGCAGUACAAAAUUCAUCAUGGAGAAUAAUUGAAUGUUUAAUUUUAAAUAAUUCAAAUAUUAAUUCUGCUGAUUUGAAAGGUUUGACUCCUUUACAUACUGCGAUAAUGAAUGGAUUUGUCGGAAAUAUUAAGAAUCUUAUUUAUUAUGGUGCUGAUGUUAAUGCUAAAGAUAUUAAUGGCGAAACUCCACUUAAUUAUGCAGUUCAACAAGAAGAUAUGGAAGAUGUUAUUGAAGAAUUAUUAAAACGUAAUGCUGAUGUUAAUUGUUGUGAUAACAACGGAUUGCGGCCAUUACAUUCAGCAGCAGAUGCUGCAUUCGAUGAAUAUAUUGAAAUAUUAUUAGACUAUGGUGCAGAUAUUGAAGCUGUUGAUAAUGAAGGCCGUACUGCAUUGCAUAUGACUGAUAGUUUUGAUAAUAAUUAUCAUUUGCGAUGGGAAAGUGUACCGUUGAUGUUUAAAUUAUUUAAAGAUCAUAUUUAUAAAUUGAAAAGUGUUAAUUUUUAUGUUGGCGAAGAUAAUUUUAAAAUUAUUAACGAUUAUUAUGGUAAUAAGAUAGACGUUACGGAUAAUUUUAUAGAAAAUUGUUUCAAAGAAAUAGAAAAAAUGAAGAAGUUCAAAAUUGGAAAUACGGGAAUAUUUUAUUAUGACAUUUUGAAGAAAUCGAGGCAUCAAGUGUCAAAGUAUGCAAUGCUUAAAGGUGUUGAGGAUGCUUUUAAAAGCCUGGAGUAUGUUAAUUAUUUUCCGCUUUAUCGGGGAUUAUUGAAAAAAUCUUUUGAUUCUGCAGUUAAAAGAAAAAUAAUUUUAGCUAUUGAUAAAGAUAAUUUAAUUGGUAAUAUGUUUCCUUUGUUACCGGAACAUUGUGUUGAUGUAAUAAUUAGUUAUCUUGGGGAUAAUGAUUUGAAAAAUGCUAUUGAGUCUUGUUAUUAGUUAUAUUUUUUAUGGCAUUACUAAUAUUGACAACCACUGUUAGAAUUUUAUAUUGUGAAAUUAUAAGCAACCCAGAUAGCAUUCAAGUCAGAAUAACUGCUUUACGACGUCUUUUUGGAGUCGUCCUCGAGAAGUCUUAUGAUGACUUCUUAAAAGUGUCAUUUUUAAGAACUCUUAAUUAAGAGUUUUUAAAGACUCCAUAAAUAAGACGUCAGUUUUGUGACAUCUAAAUGUAUUCUUUUUUUAACUUCUUUAUGAAGUCAAAAUUAGGAGCUCCUUAAGACGUCAUGGUAAAUUCAUAAUGAAGUCUUAUUCACGAAGUCAGAAAAAAAAAUCUUUUAAAGACGUCUUACUGAGUUUGCUGGGGGACUCAUUUGACAUUUUGAGAACUUCUUAAAGACUUCCUUAAGAUGUUGAUGAAACGUCCAAAUCAUAAAUAUGAACUCAUUCAGAACUCAUCAAGAUGUCAUUUAGCUAUCUGGGAAUGGAUUAGAAUUUUUUAUCCAAGCGUUUCUGUCAUUUAAUUUCACGUACAAUUGACUAUCAAUAUUCAAAAGCGGCUGUCUCAAAUUUAAAUCUAUGUUUAAAAAUUCGAUAAUUAAAGACUUUAAUGGUGUGUUCGGACCCGCAGCCCCAGGGUACUGUGACGCUUUUUUUUCGCACACGAAAUUAAAAUUAAUUUCUAUUAAUUAAUGAUCGAUUUAAAAUACUAAUAUCUGUUCACUUGAAUAUCACUUUAAUCAGUACACUGAUAAUUACUACAUUUUUUUUUUUUUAAUUGAUAAUUCACUUUUUUUCUAAUAAUUAAAUUUAAUUAUGAAUUUAAAUUUUCCCGGGUAUAUUGCAAGCACCCCAGUGCGCCAAGGCGGAGAAUCCGAACAGACCAUAAAUUUAAAAUAGAUUCAAAUUGAGAACCCAAAUAUUUUAAUUUUCGAACCUUAAUUGAACAUUCAUACCCCAAAAACUUUAAAGUUAAAGCCGUCAAAAACGAAAAUAUUAUUCGUCAUUUUG